AUGAAAGCGAAAGGUAAUUUGAGAGAAUAUCGAAUAAUUGGAAGAAAACUUCCAAGUGAAACGGUUAAAAAUCCACCAUUAUAUGAAAUGCACAUUUAUGCACCAGAUGAGGUUCAAGCUAAAAGUCGUUUUUGGUUUUUUAUUCGACAAUUAAAACGUAUCAAAAAGAGUGCUGGUGAAAUUGUUGAAUGUAAAUUAAUUAAUGAACGUAAACCACUAUUAGUGAAAAAUUUUGGUAUUUGGUUAAGAUAUGAUUCCCGUAGUGGUACACACAAUAUGUACCGUGAAUAUCGUGAUUUAACACGUGCAGCAGCUGUCACACAAUGUUAUCGUGAUAUGGGUGCAAAACAUCGUGCACGACCAUCAACGAUACAAAUCAUGAAAAUAAAACGGUUAAAUGCAAAAGAUUGCCGUCGUACACAUGUUACACAAUUUCACGAUAGUAAAAUUAAAUUUCCAAUGGUUAAUAAAGCAACAAAACGUUUACAUCAUCCACGUUUUACAACAAGACGACCACAUACAUAUUUUUAA